AUGCCCAAUGAAAUCUGCAGUUAUUGGAACUUCCAUUAUAAUACAUUUGAUGGAGAUAUCUUCUACUUUCCUGGAACCUGUAAUUAUAUUUUGUCCUCUCAUUGCAAGAGCACCUAUGAAGACUUUAUUAUUCAGAUGCAAAACACCAUGGAGAAUGGAUUUUUUUACACCAAAAUCAUUAUGAAAAUUGAUAUAAUGAUUGUGGAACUGUUUAACGACACUGUUUUGGUCAAUGGAGAUUUCACUGAGCUGCCAUAUAGCUCAUCAGGAGUUAUGAUAAAUAAAAUUGGUGUUUACACAAAAGUAACAUCAAAAAUUGGCUUGGAAUUCAAUAUGAAUGAUGAUGGCAGCCUAAUGCUCCGGCUUGAUUCAAAAUAUUCUAAUCAGACAUGUGGUCUUUGUGGUGACUAUAACGGGAUCUCUAAGUACAAUGAAUUUAUCAGCAGCUCUGGAUAUGAAAUCACUGAAACUGAAUUUGGGAACCUCAAAAAAGUUAAUGGCCCAAAUGAACAAUGUGACGAUGUUGCUGCUCCUGAUUGGGAAAGCUGUAAUGAAACUGGGGAUGUAUGUGCGUUUAUUCUAAUAGGCCCAAGUUUUGUAGACUGUGUGUCUGUCCUUCCUCCCGACGCUUAUGUUUACUCCUGCAUGCAAGAUUUAUGUACCUGCACAGAAAAUAUUACAUCUGACUGCAUCUGUUCUACAAUUGCUGAGUAUUCUCGUCAAUGCAUUCGUGUUGGAGGAAAACCCGAAAAUUGGAGAACUCAAGAACUUUGUCCCAAGACCUGUCCCUUGAACUUGGAAUAUAGUGAGUGUGGGCCUUCUUGUAGAGACAGCUGUUCAAACCCAGAAAGGGGUUCUAUCUGUGAAAACAGAUGUGUUGACGGUUGCUUCUGUCCCUCAGGAAUGGUGCUUGAUGAUAUUCAGUACCAAGGUUGCAUAAACAUAGACCAAUGUGCCUGCACAUACAAUGGAAACGUUUUUCUCCCAGGAGAAACUCACUCUACUUCUUGUAGUUUCUGCACAUGUUCUGGUGGAAAAUGGAAUUGCACAGAUACACCAUGCACUUCCACUUGUUCCAUUAAAGGAGGGUCCCAUAUUACAACGUUUGAUGUUAUACAUUUCACCGUAUAUGGAGACUGCACUUAUGUAUUUUCCAAGGUAUGUGAUGGGGGCAAUUUUACUGUCCUGGCAGAAAUAAGGCCUUGUGGGAGAAAAGACACUGAGGUCUGUCUGAUGGAAGUUAUCAUUAUUUUGAACAGUGGCCAAACGACUAUUGAAGUAAGACCUACCGGCGAGGUGUAUGUUAAUUUUUUGUAUACUUUCCUGCCCAUUUCAUCAGGACACUUUACCAUGUUACAACCCUCACCCUUCUACAUUGUCUUUGAUUCCAUCGAUGGAAUGCAGGCAAUAAUUCAAUUGGUACCUGUAAUGCAACUCUACGUGGUUUUGGACCCUAUAUAUAAAAGUAGGACAUCUGGUAUCUGUGGAAACUUCAACGACAUUCAGACAGACGAUUUCCGAUCAAUCAGUGGAGUAAUUGAAGGCUCUGCUGCAGCAUUUGUUAACACCUGGAAAACAGAAGCCAACUGUCCAAGUGUGAAGAAUAUAUUGGACGACCCUUGUUCCCUUAGUCUGGAAAAUGAGGAUUAUGCAAAACACUGGUGUGGUUUUCUUAGAGAUCCUAAUAAUGUCUUCAGUCAGUGCCACUACGUUGUGAACCCAAAUAUUUACUACAAGAAUUGCUUGACCGACACCUGUUCCUGUGAGAGGAGUGAAGAGUGUAUGUGCGCUGCUUUGUUCUCCUAUGUCCAAGCCUGUGCCGCCAAAGGUGUGAUACUGACCAACUGGAACAACUUAGUUUGCAGCAAAUACAAAUCUGUUUGCUCCGAAAACCUGGUGUACAGCUAUGCUAUCAGCACCUAUCUACCAACCUGCCGCAGUCUCAGCAUCUCAGAUGUAAUGUGCAAGGUACAAUUUGAUCCUCUGAUGGGUUGCACUUGUGGCAAAGGGUUAUACCUGGAUGACAAUGGCAAAUGUGUACUUCCAUCUUUUUGCCCAUGUUACUAUCGAGGAUCUCCGAUACAUUCAGGAACUACUAUUAAUGUAGGAGGGGUUAUAUGCACCUGUACAAAAGGAAAACUAAACUGCAUUGGAAAUGAAGUUGCAGACUGUGUGGAUCCUAAGGUCUAUAUUAGUUGCCAAAAUGCUAAACCAGGCACUCCAGGAGCUGAGUGCUUUAAAAGCUGCGAGACUCUGGACAUGCAUUGUUAUAGUAAAAGGUGCAGUCCAGGAUGUGUCUGCCCUGAUGAUCUUGUGUCUGAUGACAAAGGUGGCUGUAUCAAAGAAAAUGAUUGUCCCUGCAUCCACAAUGAGGCAAUGUAUGCGCCCGGGGAUGAGAUAAAAAUUCGAUGCAACACAUGUGUUUGCAAGGACAGAAAGUGGAAUUGUACCACGAAUGUUUGUCUGGGGACUUGCCAAGUAUAUGGAGAUGGGCAUUAUAUUACUUUUGAUGGACAGCGUUAUAGUUUUGGGGGAGAAUGUGAAUAUACUCUUGCAAAGGAUCACUGUUCUCUAAAUGAAACCGGCAGCACUUUUAGAAUUAUCACAGAGAACAUCCCAUGUGGGACUACAGGAACUACAUGCUCCAAAUCCAUCAAAAUCUUCCUAGAAGGUUAUGAACUUAUUCUUCUUGAUGAUCAUCUCAAUGUGUUACAAAGAGGUAACGGAACUGGUGUCCCAUACAGUGUGCGUUUAAUGGGCAUUUAUUUGGUAAUUGAGACUAACCAAGGCCUGCUGCUCGUGUGGGAUAAGAAGACAACUAUCUAUAUUAAAGUCACUAACAUCUUUCAGGGAAUGCUUUGUGGGUUGUGUGGCAACUACGAUGGGAACAGAAACAAUGAUUACACCACCAGAACCAAUGCUGUCGUUGGAAGUGUUGAAGAAUUUGCAAACAGCUGGAAGUUGUCUCUGGCUUGUCCAGAUGCAAAACUCAACAAGAAUUCUUGUGUCUUGAAUCCAUACAGAGUAUCUUGGGCACAAAAGCAAUGCAGUAUUAUUCACAGUAGUAUUUUUGCUGCAUGCCAUCCACAUGUUAACCCAGUUCCAUACUAUGACAAUUGUGUUUCUGACACAUGUGCUUGUAAUACUGGAGGGGAUUGUGAGUGCUUUUGCACUUCUGUUGCGGCCUAUGCCCAGGCAUGUGGAGAAUUUUUUAUAUGUAUUUAUUGGAGGAGCCCAACAAUUUGCCCUCUGUUCUGUGAUUACUAUAACAAGGAAAAAAGGUGUGAAUGGCAUUAUAGGCCCUGCGGAGCGCCUUGUUUGAAGACCUGUAGAAAUCCUAGGGGAAAGUGUUCUUAUGAGUUGGGUGGCCUUGAAGGAUGUUAUCCCACAUGCCCAAAAUACGCACCGUACUUUGAUGAGGAUGAAAUGGAAUGCGUAUCACAAUGUGGCUGCUUUGAUGAGGACAGGAAAUAUUAUAAAUUGGGAUCCAAAAUGCCCUCUAAAGAGACUUGCAUUGCCUGCAACUGCACAGAGCAUGGCAUUAUGUGUUCUCCUAAUGCUGAAGCAGCAACAAAUGUCACUCAAAUGACAACAACAUUAUGUGUUGUUGAGCAAUGUGAAUGGUCCGAGUGGUUUAAUGUCAGCGAUCCAGCGACACAGAAUGGAGAUGAUGAUGAAUCAUACGAAAACAUACGAGGAAAUGGAUAUAACAUUUGUGAAAAUCCAAAAGAUAUUUAUUGUGAAGCAGAUAAUUCAUCAACAGCACCGCUAGAUUUAACUACAUACAAUAUAAUAUGUAAUGUAUCUAUCGGGUUGCUAUGCUAUCAGCAGUCAUCAGAUGCCCCUUGUCCUAACUACCAAAUUAAAGUUUUAUGCUGCAGUUUUGUACCAUGUGAAUACCUAACAUCUACAGAGACAACAACUACUGAAACCCCUUCAACCACAUCAAAUCUCACCACCACAAAAGCAGAGAUAAUGACAACAAAAACAAGUGCAAGAACGCCCAUAUCAAUAACCCAAAGGCAGCCAUACUCAUCAGUAUCAUAUACAACAUCUGUAUUCUGUACACCGGGAUGUCGGUGGACACAGUGGUUUAAUCGCAAUAGCCCAUCACCUGGAUUAAGUGGUGGUGAGUUUGAGACUCUCAAAGAUAUACAGUCGGCCUGUAGGAGCCCUAAUAACAUUGAGUGUAGAGCAACAAAUAUCCCUAUCAUGCAAUUUAAUCCGCCUGCACAAACUGUAAUAUGUAACACAGUAGAUGGACUGGUGUGCCUCAACAAGGAUCAGAUAUCACAAAUAUGCUAUGAUUAUGAGAUAAGAUUAUUUUGCUGUGAUGACUAUAGUAAUUGCAUCACAACAUCACAACCUACACCAGAAACAACCAGCAAAAAAGUUACCACAACAUUUAUUUCAACACAUUGCUAUUGUCUUGUAAAUGGUGCCACAUUCUCACCAGUUAUACACAAGAAAGAGAAUUAUCAGGAAAUUAUUAGAUCUUUUAUUUAA